ACUCCGCAUCUUCUCUAAUUCUACUCUCUCUCUCCCCCCGUUUAUAUUAAAGCUCAGCUCCUAUACAAUUUGUUUUAUUUGUUUCUAGUAUAACAUGGCAGCUGCUACUUCCUCUAUCUAUUUUCCGGCCACUUCCCGCCCUGAUUCCGCCGGAAUUUCACUCUCCCGGUGCCGUCCGUUAGCUCAAUUGAGGACUCAUAGGGUCAUGGUUGUUCGUUCCGAUUUAGAGAAAAAUGUCUCCGACAUGAGCACCAAUGCUCCAAAAGGGCUAUUUCCACCUGAACCAGAACAUUAUCGUGGACCAAAGCUAAAAGUGGCUAUUAUAGGAGCUGGGCUUGCGGGCAUGUCAACUGCUGUUGAGCUUUUAGAUCAAGGACAUGAGGUGGAUAUAUAUGAAUCAAGGCCUUUUAUUGGAGGGAAAGUGGGUUCUUUCGUUGACAAACGCGGAAAUCACAUAGAAAUGGGACUUCAUGUAUUUUUUGGUUGCUACAAUAAUCUUUUCCGUCUUCUAAAAAAGGUUGGUGCAGAAAAAAAUCUUCUCGUGAAGGAUCAUACUCACACUUUUGUAAACAAAGGGGGUGAAAUUGGUGAGCUUGAUUUUCGGUUCCCAGUUGGAGCACCAUUACAUGGAAUAAAUGCUUUUUUGACUACGAAUCAACUCAAGACUUAUGAUAAAGCAAGAAAUGCUCUUGCCCUUGCCCUUAGUCCUGUUGUGCGUGCACUUGUUGAUCCAGAUGGAGCAAUGAGGGACAUAAGAAAUUUGGAUAAUAUUAGUUUUUCUGAAUGGUUCUUAUCCAAAGGGGGCACACGCAAGAGUAUCCAGAGAAUGUGGGAUCCUGUUGCUUAUGCUCUUGGGUUUAUUGACUGUGAUAACAUGAGUGCUCGUUGUAUGCUCACUAUAUUCUCAUUAUUCGCAACUAAAACAGAAGCAUCUCUUUUGCGCAUGCUUAAAGGUUCUCCUGAUGUUUAUUUGAGCGGACCAAUUAGAGACUACAUUACACAAAAAGGGGGAAGGUUCCACCUCAGGUGGGGAUGUCGAGAGAUUCUUUAUGAAAAAUCGAGUGAUGGCCAAACAUACAUAUCAGGAAUUGCCAUGUCUAAGGCAACUCAAAAAAAAGUCGUGAAAGCAGAUGCUUAUGUUGCAGCAUGUGAUGUCCCUGGAAUCAAAAGACUACUGCCUUCACAGUGGAGAGAAUGGGAGUUCUUCGACAAUAUAUACAAACUAGUUGGUGUUCCUGUUGUAACUGUUCAACUAAGAUACAACGGCUGGGUUACAGAGAUGCAGGAUCUAGAAAGGUCAAGGCAACUGAGGCACGCAGCAGGACUGGAUAAUCUUCUUUAUUCCCCAGAUGCAGACUUCUCUUGUUUUGCAGACCUAGCACUUGCAUCUCCAGAAGAUUACUAUCUUGAGGGGCAAGGCUCUUUACUCCAAUGUGUGCUUACCCCUGGCGAUCCAUACAUGCCUUUACCAAAUGGUGAAAUCAUUGAGAGAGUUACAAAGCAGGUCUUGGCUUUGUUCCCAUCCUCCCAAGGUCUUGAAGUUACAUGGUCAUCUGUUGUCAAAAUUGGCCAAUCUUUAUACCGUGAGGGGCCUGGUAAAGAUCCAUUUAGACCUGAUCAGAGGACCCCUGUUGAAAACUUUUUCCUUGCUGGAUCAUAUACGAAACAGGAUUAUAUAGAUAGUAUGGAAGGUGCAACUCUUUCAGGCAGGCAAGCUUCUGCCUAUAUAUGUGAUGCCGGAGAAGAUUUGGUGGCCUUGCAGAAGAAGAUUGGUGUAAUUGAGUCCAACACGCCUACAGGAGCUGAGUUGAGUCUUGUCUGAGCCAGUGUAAUAUACAUCUGUAUAGAAGUUCACCAGGAGUCUCUAACCGGAUCAGAAUUCCUCGAAUCGGACGGCUAGAAAGCAUUCACACAAAUCAAAAUUAUUUCCAUUGUAUAAUUGUAUUGAACCACGAGAACCUCAUAUACAACUGAUGUGGUAAAGAUAAUCUCGGAGAUCAUUAGUAGGCCAAGCGUCGAGAUCCUAUAUUGAGAUG